CUUUUGAAAAGGGCAAGAGGGUGCGGUAGAGAGGAGCCACGCCGCAUCCAUCACCGGUUCCUCACUCUUCUGUCUCUCUCGAUCUCCUGGCAUCUGCGCUUGUUUGCUCACUUCCAAGUCCGCAAUUGAACACUGCGACUCCUAUUUCCACCCCAGAUGAGAUUCGGAGGACGCCGCUGAGAUACGCUGACGGAAGUACCCCAAUCGGAGUCAAGCAGAACAUCACCCGCAGCGGAAAAUGACGAUGAAUGACCUCUUCGGAUCGGUUCGACGAUCCCUCGCGUUACGAACAGACUCUGAUGGGAACGAAGGCGUAGGCGGUGGUAGGAUCGUGGAAAAGAUCGGAUCUUGCCUGAGGAAAUCGAGGAUUGGAUUGGGGCUAGGGUUUGGGGGAUUUGCUCCAAAACUCCCUCCGCCAACGCCCUCAGAGGAGAAAGAUAAUGCGCCUCCGAUCCGAUGGCGAAGGGGCGAACUCAUCGGUUGCGGCGCUUUUGGUCAUGUCUAUAUGGGUAUGAAUCUCGAUUCGGGAGAGCUACUUGCCGUGAAGCAGGUCUUGAUUGGGACUAACAGUGCUUCCAAGGAAAAAGCUCAAGCUCACAUAAGGGAGCUUGAGGAAGAAGUAAAGCUUCUAAAGAACCUUUCCCAUCCAAAUAUUGUUAGAUAUCUGGGAACAACUAGAGAGGAGGAAACUUUAAAUAUUUUUCUGGAGUUUGUUCCAGGAGGAUCCAUCUCAUCUUUACUCGGAAAGUUUGGGUCUUUUCCAGAAGCUGUUAUAAGAAUGUAUACCAAGCAGCUGUUGCAGGGGCUCGAGUAUCUUCAUCAAAAUGGGAUCAUGCAUAGGGACAUAAAGGGGGCUAAUAUUCUUGUGGACAACAAGGGUUGCAUCAAGUUGGCAGAUUUUGGGGCAUCAAAACAAGUUGCAAAGCUGGCCACUAUUAAUGCAGCCAAGUCAAUGAAGGGAACUCCAUAUUGGAUGGCACCAGAAGUAAUUCUUCAAACUGGACAUAGCUUCUCAGCUGAUAUAUGGAGUGUUGGUUGCACUGUCAUAGAGAUGGCUACUGGUAAGCCUCCCUGGAGUCAGCAGUAUCAAGAGGUUGCCGCUCUUUUCCAUAUUGGAACAACAAAAUCUCAUCCUCCAAUACCAGAACAUCUGUCUUCAGGAGCUAAAGAUUUUCUCUUAAAAUGCUUACAGAAGGAACCAAAGUUGAGGCCUACUGCCUCUGAUUUGCUCCAGCAUCCAUUCGUUACUAAAGAAUUUGAAGAUCUGCAUCCAAUACACCAUUCUGACGUUGGAGAAGCUUCUAGAGAUGUGGCCCUGGCAUCCAAGCUGUACACAAAAAGCAUCAACAAUGAUGGUGAUAAAUUGGAUAAAGAUGGCAAUGAUAGCAGAAGCUGCUCCGUUGUUCCCAAGGAGUUUAUUAAUGUCAAACCUAUAUGGGAAUUAAGUAAUAGUAGUGACAUGUGCCAACUAGAUGAUACAGAUGAUUUUCCAAAUGUUGUAUCAAGUUUCAACCCAAUGUCUGAACCCUUCGACGAAUGGCUGCCAGAGAAGUUUGAUGUCAGUCCAGAACUACACCUAGACGACUCACAUGAGCAUGUCAUUGAGGGUUCAUGUACGAGAAGGGGAAAUGAUUUCGCAUUCUCUUCGGAGCCAGUGGAGGAUGAUGAUGAAGUUACAGAGUCAAAAAUUAGAGCGUUUCUAGAUGAGAAGGCCCUUGAUCUUAAGAAGCUACAGACGCCACUAUAUGAGGAGUUCUAUAAUAGUCUGAACAACAAAAACAAGCACAGUUCUGGGAAGAAAUGCGAGGAGAAUGCGACGAGAAAUCCAAAAUUACCUCCAAAGAUCAAAAUGUCAUCCAACAAGGUGGCCAAUGGAACAACUGCUCAGCUUCCUGACUUAGCAAAUAAGGCGAGCCCUGGACAUUGCAGCAAGCAAGAGUCAAGAAGUGAAGAAGAGGAUGAUCGGAUUCUAAGAGAAAUUUCACCCCAACGGCAGAGAAAGUGGAAAGAAGAGCUCGAUCAAGAACUUGAGAGGGAAAGAGAGAUGCUAAGGCGGACCACUCAAGGGAAAACGUCUUCCCCAAAGGACGGAUGGUUGGCUCGAAACAGAGAUCAAACUCGACAUGCCUCUUCAGGCAAAUAAAAACAUAUAAUCUCGGUUUCAAGCAUGUUUCAGUUUUCAUUUCCAUAUCUCGACAGCCGAUCUUGCUUGUUUAAGAUACCAAAGCAUCCACAGAAAUAAAAAGAGCUCAGUGACCUUUAUUGAUGGACCGAGAUAAGAUGACACAGACUACCUCAGAUGGCUGGAUAUAUGUUUUUGCGUUAGUGUAGUUUUUGCUGAUGUAGAUCCUGGGGUUUUUGUUCAACUCAUUGCACGUGCGUGUCUAUCGGAUCAAGUAUUCAGAUUUUCAGAAUUAAGUGGAUAAUUGUAACUAUUCGUUAAAAAUAAUACCAGGUUUUCCCC